UAUAAAAGCCAAAAUCGCAACAGUUUGUAUAUCAUCAUGUGGAGAACUCUACUGCUGCUUAUCGUAAUCGCAACCAGUUCCUGGGCCACGGACUACGAACUUUUGCUCGAGGACCCAGAUAUCUUCGCUCCGUGCACAGAAGGGCCUCCAGGGUCGAUUGGAUUCAAUGAAGCAUUUAACGCAGAUAAUCUGGAAAUCAAUCAGGACGCCGAUAUCAUUCAUGUAUCCGAAAAUAUCACCGCCACCUGGGAUGUAGAGUCCACCGAUCGCAUUUCCGGCAGGUUUUCGGUGAUGCACUACAAUCGCGGCAGCUGGGAGCCGACCCUGUUUACCAUGGCCACUCCUGACUUUUGUGCCGCAAUGUUCGAUGAGAAUCUGUCAUGGUACAAAUACUGGACCCAGUACAUUUCAAACCCCGAGGAGAUUAAGGAGAAGUGCUUCAACACGCGUGGUACCGUGCUGAUGCACAAGCCAUUUGAUCUGCAGCUGCGCCUUACGGAUAUUCGAGGCACCUCGCUGAAGGGUCGUUACAAGAUCGUGUGCACCUUUGAAGCCUUCGACGAGAACGAUGUGCCGCGCAAGAACACCAUAUGCUUCGAAAUCAGGGGAGAGGCCGAGAAGUUAAAGUGAUGCGGAGCUUAAGGUCCUACAAACAAGCCAUGACUUAUGUUUGUAUAUUGUAAAGAGAAACUUAGUGUGUGUUAAAUUGAAUAAAAACCACUAUAUCUCUUUAAAUAA